GUCUCCUCUACUCUAGUCCUCUCUGCUCUGCUUAGCGAUCACAUUUCACGGCGGCUUGAAUUUGAUGGCAAAUUUGUAUGUACGGGCGGCGCCGCCGACGGAUCUAAAUCGGAACACCGAGUGGUUCACGUACCCGGGGGUGUGGUCCACCUACAUAUUCAUACUCUUGUUUUCCUGGCUCAUCGUCUCCUCUUUUACCGGAUGCUCUCUCGGCAUUGCUUGGACCAUUGUCCACCUCUCCCAUUGUAUCGUUACAUACUACUUCUUUCACUGGAAGAAAGGAACACCUUUUUCUGAUGAUCAGGGUAUUUACAAUCGACUGACUUGGUGGGAGCAAGUAGAUGACGGCAAACAGCUAACACGCAACAGGAAGUUUCUGACAGUUGUCCCUGUUGUACCGUACCUAAUAGCUUCCCACACAACUGGUUAUCAACACCCGAUGCUCUUUUUCAACACACUUGCGGUUUUUGUGUUGGUUGUUGCCAAGUUCCCAAACAUGCACAAGGUUCGCAUAUUCGGCAUCAAUGCUGACCAGUAAGCCGACUUAUUUGUACUAUAAAAUACAUACAGCAACAGCUCCCAACUAGUAUAUUGUUUCUUAUUGGCUUUGUAAAUUUACAACCACUAUAAGAUGCUUAAACAGUUGAACUAGGAAAGAGACAUACUACCAAGAAAACCAAGUGCUAUGUCAUGCGGGAUAAAUUUUCCUUGUUUGCUAGUCUUGUACUAGGUAAAAUCACCGAAAUUCCCAUGAAAUAAGAUAUUAUGUACUAAAAUUUUGUUUCCCAGAAAGCGGAUUCACAGUUUUUGGCCUACCAAA